UAUGUUUACCAUGCUGAGAGAUGCCCAUUUCAGUCGAGUUUUAAUUGUCAAAUGCAACGGGUGAAAUCUACUCGGCAACGGCAACGGCAGACGGCAGACGAACGUAUCAAAAACGAAACGCCUCGAUGGGGUUGUGCUAAUAAAUAACAACAAUACUUUAGCUUAGAGAAAUAACUGAAACCCUAAAAUUAUACAGUAAAAUAGUUUGGGUUUCUUGAAAUUAACCUGUACGCGAAAAGUAAACACCUUAGUGCAAGUAAUAGCUUAUUUAUAAAAUCGAAAAAUUGCAUAUCGGAAUCUAGGAAGAAUGUUAACAGGCCAGCGCCAGACCAUCAAAUUGAAUUAAAUUGCGAAGGCGGUGCCGUUUAUAUAUGUAUGUUCGCGGAAUCUUCAAGGAAUUGGCCAGCGCACGUUUCGGAUGUGAAAGGAUAAUGUGGAAGCAUGUCUUCCAACUCUGUUGUGUCACUCUCAUCUUUUAAUAUAUUAUUUUUUACACAGGCGUAACAAAAAGCACAGCCAAUAUAUCGACAGUGAAGCAAGUUGCAUUUGCUAACAAAGCCACCACCAGCACCUUAGACAAUGGCGACCACCAAACAAUAGGAGCAGUGUCACAUGCUCAAUUUAGCGAAAGUCCUACACCGAACACAAGUCAAGGUGGUGUAACAGAUGCAAUUCUGGCUUUACAGCAAAAUCACAAGCAGCUGGAAGAUGAAGAAGAAGAUGAGGAGGCAGAGGAAUAUCAAGCAGUCGAAAAGGUCAAUUUGACUGUGCGCACCCCACCAGGGCCUGUUACACAACUCUAUUUCAAAGCGUCAACAAUUCUGGGCUUUCUUAUCUGGCGCUUUAAUAAAGCCAAUUCCGGUGGUUACCCGGUGCGCAGCUUUACUGCCGAAUUUCGCAAUGUUUCGUACAAUGAAACACCCUACAACCAUACGUUCGAGCACGAAUGGAGUCGAAUGGACCCUAUUAAUAUUGCGCCGAAUGUUCGGCAAAUGGAAGUAUAUCGACUGGAGCCUAACACCACCUACGAGUUUCGAAUAUGGGCCAACAAUCAGUUGGGCAGCGGCGAGGUAGUGACCACUAAUGUAACAACACUUCCCGAAACCAAAGAGGAGGAUUUAAUACGCCUUAUACAACCCGACUUAGAUAAUUUCGAUCCGCGCAUUUGGAUAAUCGCCGUCAGUGUUGUGCUUGGAACUCUUGUGAUAUUAGCAAUUGGACUUUGUAUAGUUUUAUCGAAAGAAUGUUAUCAAUCAUCGCAAGCGGAAUUUGAAGUUGGUUGGGAGAGCAUAGAGCUAAUACCGAAUAUAAUACUGAAUCCGGGCUUCUGUGAAUCGGACGGACCACAGGCAGCGCAGCCAUACACGCGAACAAUCAUAUUCGGCGAGGACGACGACAGUGAUGGCUACGAGAGCGAGGAGUCCGAUCACGAACCGACAAUGGAGAAGUUUAAACGAAAGGUGUCUGUAUUCUUUACAGGCCCAACAAUAAGACGCAUUUGAGUCAAAUCGGAUAAAGGCUGUGGCGAGGGCGACGGACGACGAGGGAACAUUUGUUCAGCAGUCGUUUGCGGGGUUUUGCGCCGUUUUAUUUUUUUAGAUAUACUAGCAUAAGUAGAAGCAUUUAUUUUAUAGAAUGUUAUAUUUUUGUGUGUAAAAAUUAAAUUUCUUUAUUUCAAAUAUUCGCGUUCCGAUACCGCCAGUAUUUGGAGUAUAUUUGGCACACAAAAAGCUUUUUUAUAAAUUUGAUUAUUACUGCUUCAUUAAAGACGCAUAAAGAUUCGCACAUACGCAGAGUGGUUAUGUCAUCGAAAAAAAUAAAAAAAAAAUAGUUAUAUUUAAUGAAAAACAAAAAUAAAUGAAAAUAAAGUAAGACAAAAAGCGAGCUUUUGUUACAAAAUAUUUUAUAAAUUAAUGCGUAAGCAAAUUGUUACGAAAAACGCACCGCUGAUACAUAGUAUGUAUGUAUGCAUAUCGUUGUCGUCAUUACAAAAGGCCCUAAGUGAAAUUGUGACUUGUGGGACAUUUCAUUCCAGAAUAUGAUUAUAACUAUGUAUGUCGUUAGAACUUAUACCAGAGUCAAAGAUAUUUUUUAACCUUGGUAAAUAACUAAUGUAUAAAUUCUCUACAAAAAAAAAAAAACAAUUAUUUCUAAGUUUUUUGUAUUUGGUAU